AAUCAAUGAACCCUCAAGUUGGCCAUCAUUUCACGUGGGAACGACGAGUGUCAACAGUAUUUAACAAUUUUAAAGUUUUAAGCCUAUAAAAUAAUCAUGAGUACAAUUCUUCAAAGAAUAGCUGAAAUUGAAUCAGAAAUGGCCCGUACCCAGAAAAACAAGGCCACAUCUGGCCAUCUGGGUAUGUUAAAAGCCCGUCUGGCCAAGUUACGUAGAGAACUGAUUGAGCCGAAGGGUGGAGGUGGUGGUGCUGGAGAAGGUUUUGAUGUCGCCAAAACAGGAGAUGCUAGGAUUGGUUUUGUUGGAUUUCCAUCUGUGGGCAAGUCUACAUUGUUGAGCAAUUUGGCUGGUGUUUACUCGGAAGUGGCCGCAUAUGAGUUCACAACACUGACAACUGUUCCUGGUGUCAUCAGAUACAAGGGAGCCAAAAUACAGCUUCUUGAUCUUCCUGGUAUCAUAGAAGGAGCCAAAGAUGGCAAGGGCAGAGGAAAACAGGUUAUUGCAGUGGCACGAACAUGUGGUCUUAUUUUUAUUAUUCUUGAUGUACUGAAGCCCCUUCAACACAAAAAGUUGCUAGAAAAAGAACUUGAAGGAUUUGGAAUCCGGCUCAACAAACAGCCACCAAAUAUUCUGUUUAAGAAAAAGGACAAAGGAGGCCUCAAUCUUACCUUUACAGUUGCUCAGUCAGAAUUGGACAAUGACCUUGUGAAAACAAUAUUGAAUGAGUACAAGAUUCAUAAUGCUGAUAUUACGCUGAGAAUCGAUGCCACCACCGAAGAUCUUAUUGAUGUUGUCGAGGGCAACCGAGUUUAUAUUCCUUGCAUUUACCUCCUAAACAAAAUUGACCAGAUAUCUAUAGAGGAGCUGGAUAUUUUAUACAAAGUACCUCACUGUGUCCCAAUCUCUGCACAUCAUAAGUGGAACUUUGAUGAUUUGCUUGAAAAAUUAUGGGAAUAUCUAGAACUAGUCAGAGUUUACACAAAACCGAAAGGUCAGCUUCCUGACUACUCGGCUCCUGUCGUUUUAAAACAAGGAAGAAGUUCGGUGGAAGAUUUCUGCAACAAACUACACAGAAGCAUUCUGAAGGAAUUUAAAUAUGCCUUGGUAUGGGGGUCUUCAGCCCGACAUCAGCCUCAGAAAGUGGGAAAGGAACAUAUUUUAGCAGACGAGGAUGUGGUACAGAUUGUGAAAAAAAUCUAAUAAUUUCAUCCAUGUAAAUGGACGUCAAGAAUUCAAUUACGACAGUACAGAUGAAACCAUUCAGUUUCCAAUUCAUGCAAGAUUCCAAACAGAUGCAUCCAUAGAGACAAGAAUGUCAUUUAAUAAUACAGACUAAUUCAUGGACUAUUUUUAAAAAUAAAUGACAGUUUUGUUGAUCCCUUGUGCAAGAGCUUGUAUAGUGAAGUCAACUUGAAGCAGAGUGCUACGUAUUUACCUUUUGUUUUCAGAUGGUGCAGGUGGUAUGUGGUGGCAAGCAUACUGUACUGUGUAACUUGUGAACUGUUUUUGAUAAUAUUAAUUCAACACUAGUAUUAUGCUAGUCACAAGAAGUUAAGGGCCACAUGGACACUGCGUUAGAGGCAUAGCUUAUUCGCUUGCAGGCAUCUUGCUACUUGUGUCAUGAAUAUGCUAUCAUUCAGACAUUACAGGACUCGACCAUAGUCCAGAAUGAUCGGUUUAUGUUUUGGUGCCAGAUGGCAAAGAAGUUUAUACCCUCUUAACCCUAAUCAAACAUGAAAAGUGUUAUAAUAAAAGGAGUUUCAUGUGCACCAUGCAGUUUUUAGACAGGUGCCCUACUUGGUCAGAAUUUUUAAUUUUGUUUAAAAAGUCAAACAAUCUUGUAUUGUUUUAUGCAUUUGCCAUAUGCUUUCUACGGGCAACCAAACAAGCUGUGAGUAAAAGACUAAUGUACGUGUAAUUAAAGUCUCUUUUUUUUAUUACCUAUCACCACACCUGAUCUUUUUUUUUUUUUUUUUUUUUAAAGUAAGGUAAACUUCGAUACUGGCCCUUAAUUUCUUGUGACUAGUAGUGUCGUGGACUGUUGGAAUUUGUUAUUUUGUUAAAGAUUAAAAUUGCCAAUUCUUAAUGUUCCCAUUCGGACAGCUGCUGGUGUACUACAUAUAAGGGUCCUAGAUUCAUUUUACAAUUUUCAUGUUGAAAAAUAUUUUAAGUUACAUUUACUUUAUCCUUUGGACUAUUUGGGAUUUUCCACUUCUCUGGCUUUUACGGCUGCUUGUAAACAUAAAGAUAAGUAUGCUUUGUACAUUAAAAAAAUGUGAUUCUCUGAAAGUGAAAGUGAUUACCUUCAUUUCCAAAAAUGUAUAAACAAUUUAUUAUGUUAA